AUGAGUCAGUCAAGUGAUCCCUGGACAUCUGUACACGGUAUAGUAUACGUAGUGCGGAUACGUACUAUAUGCGUAAGGUGGGUGUGGUCCGGCAGACAGGCGGACGCGCCUAGCAGCCGCGCCGCCUUGCCCGCAGAGCGCGAGCGCGCCUCCAGCUGCGACACACUGACGAUAGCGAGGCGCUCUCAUCGCUACCAGUAUACUGGUGUGGUUUGUUUGUUUUUGUUGUCUUGUUUGAUAGCACGUGUGAUUGACCCUGAUAUUUGUUUUCAUUCCUCACUCAUAGACGAGAUAUUUUACAAUUUU